AUGGUAUACUCUCAGGCACCUGGUAUGAAGGGCAAGAUGGGACAAUCGCAGAUGCAGCGGCGCGCGCAAAAUAGUGUCCUUCAGUUUACAUACAAGCCUCGCGCCUUGCCGGAGACUGUCAUGGAGACGGAGACUGCUAUUGACAAUGGCGAGCACGACAGUGAGCCCGGCGGGGCCUGCCUGGACGCUGAUCCUUUCGGUCGUAGCCAGCAGAGCCAGCAUUACAUCUUGGCCGGCUCCAGCCUCAACCCUUCGUCCUCGCCUUGGGUUCCCAACUCUCAGGUCCAACAGACCACUAGCAAGAUUGAUCAGUCUGAGAUCGCUGAGCUUAACGGUACGCGUCAGUAUCUUGGCACCAACGGCAAGACCGAGGGCCAUUUGUCGAUCCCCGCCCAGAACUUUGGAUCUGGCUCGAACGGUGCAGCUUCCUCCUUGGAUGGACCAGUCGAAACUGGCUAUCGUCUUACACGCCCGAAGAUGCCCAGCCAGGCGAACCACGGGCAGCUCACUGGCAGCUCCUCCAUGGGCAACUUGGGCAUCCAGACCCCUGUCCGCCAGAACAACGUUGGCUUGCUUCACAACCAGGGCGGCAAGGAAGUCAGUGAUCUGACUGCUGAUGAUGAUCAUGAUUUUGAAACCAGUCCCGGCAGCGAUACCCCGAAGGCUAAGGGUGUCGGUAACAUUGGUCUCAUGACGGAGCCACGCAACUUCGCUCCACGCACGAUGAGCCACCUUGGAGCGCCUCCCAAGUUCAACUUGAUCAAGGUGCACAAUGGUGUCAAUACUCCUGCUUCGGGCACUCAGGACCCCUUCGUGUCUUCAGCUUCACACGUUGGCGCUGCUCAGCCGCCUAUGUUUGGCUCGCAGAUCGAUACCACCCACUUGCUCGCGACUGGCCAGAUCCCUUUCCCUGCAGCUACAGGAGACACUUUGCACUUCGACAAUCUUCCUCGCGACGAUGCUGAGCCGCCCGUCCCGAACAAUACCACCGGUCAGGUUCACCAGCCCAACUCGAACAACGGAGGACAUGCUGCCAACGUCCAGAACAUGCCUGCUCCUGCCCAGCAGGCGGGAUUGUCCCAACCGCAGCUUCACGCUAUGCCUCUUGCUGGCAACAGUUCGGCAAUCGUUCCGUAUCAUGUUCCUUACCAGGCCCCCUACCAGGGUACUUUUCAGGGUGGCUACCAGCUUGAGGAAGUUAUUGCGACUUAUGGCGAUACGGUGCCUGACUACAUCCGGGCUCAGCGAUCGACGCAGCUGAACCGUCUCACCGGUGGUCCCACUGGUCGACCUACCGCGAAUGAGGCCUUGCACCAAGUGAACUUUCCGUUCGUUGAGUCUCCCCCCCGCGCUUCUCACUUCGUGGUUCGCGGCGUCAUCAAGAUUGGAAAUAUUCCUUUCGUCACCAACCGCUCCGAGAUCAUUGCUAUCCUGGGUCGGAACUCCCGUAUGCUCAAUGACACGGAUGAGCCUGUUCACAUCAUCAUGGAGCGUGUCACUGGCAAGACCACUGACGCUUACGUCGAGUUCGACACCCUUGAGGAUGCCUCCAAGGCCGUCGAGAAGCAUCAUCAGAACCUCGACCGUGGUAGAGUCACCCGCAUCGGCCAGCGCCCUGUCGAGAUUGAACUUUCUAGUCAGGCCGCUCUCAUGAAGGACCUGUUCCCCAACGCCAGGGGUGUAUUCUGGGCUGGUCUUCACCCCCACAUCCUCCCCAACAACGACGAGGAGCCUUGGGACAACUUCAAGGGUUUCGUGUCUAACGAGGAGAUGACUAUGCUCGUCAAGCAUGUCGAGGUUCCCCACCGCUCUCCCUUCUCGAAGGAGUGCCCUCAGCGUCCUUUCGAGUGCCUCAUUAGCACCCUGACCAAGUUCCCUUGGCAGAUGAAGAACCACGUCACUAUUCAGCAGCGUCAUGCCAUGUACAAGGCUACGUGCGAUCUUCUUCGCAUCCUCGUGGGCAACAUCCGCGACAAGCGUGACGAGGUCAACCUUACUCACCGUCUAGUCAAGCGAGUCGUCGCCGCGGCGAUGCGCUGCGAGGGCUUCUCGAUUACCCAGAAGGACGACAUUGCCUUCAUUGUCGACAUGAGCGAGAUGGAGCAGCGCUCCUUUGGUCAGCCGCGCUUUGCCGAGAGCUGGCGCCACCUCUACGUGCUGGUCCCCAAGAAUGGCAUUCCCCUGGAUGUCAUCGAGUGGUACCUUGCCGUUAUCCGCGAGGAGACUACUCGCAACCUAGAGAUGCAGUCGUUCCAGGAGAAGUGCCAGACGUGCAAUAUCGGCGAUGCCACCGACGGCUACUUUGGCUUCUUCUGGCGCGAGCUGAACCUUCGUGUCGGACCUGACUUCGACCGCAUGACUCUUGCAACUCUUGCCAUGCACGAGUACCAGACGCUUGAGGCGAUCAUCCGCCGCGCCCUGACUCCCACUCUUGGUCACUAA